CAUUCAAAUGUUCCUGUACAUAUGUGACUGUUGUACUUGUGUAUAUACCCAUUGCUGCUCUUCAACAUCUUUCGAAUAUAAACUAGCAUUUUAAAACAAUAUUUUUUCAAAAGUUAUUAAAAAUGGCACAAAAUAUUAAUCCAUUUUUUUCAUCUCCCAGUGCAAACAGCAAAGCAAAAGAAGAAAAGCCAAAUAUACCAAAGGAUAAUCAUGCUGUAAGCAAACGACUUCAAAAAGAGUUAAUGGUUUUGAUGAUGUGCACGGAAAAAGGUGUGUCUGCUUUUCCUGAUGGAGAGAAUUUAUUCAAGUGGAUUGGAACAAUAAUCGGCCCCAUAGAUACAGUAUAUUCUGGAUUAACAUAUAAAUUGACAUUAGAAUUCCCUCAUAGUUAUCCAUAUAGUGCUCCGAUAGUUCGUUUUAUGACCCCCUGUUUUCAUCCCAAUGUUGAUCAUCUGGGUAAUAUAUGCUUGGAUAUACUCAAAGACAAAUGGAGCGCUUUGUAUGAUGUCCGUACUAUUUUAUUAUCAAUCCAGUCACUUCUUGGAGAACCAAAUAACGACAGUCCAUUAAAUGUACAAGCAGCAGAAUUAUGGAAUGAUCAAAUGAAAUACAAGAAACAUUUACUCGAAGAAUACCAUAGAGAAGUUGAUCGUAAUUCACGAGAUUCAUGAUAAGCAAAAUUUUUCCAUUUAUUAUUCAUUUAUCUUAAAUAUAUCAUCUUUCAUACUGCGUCAUACUAUUAAGAAAAUGAUUAAACAAAAUAAAGGAAAGAGCAUGUGCUCGAGUUAAUAACUAUAAAAGUAUGACAUGUGUGGCUAAGUUAAAAAUUUUAGUUGAAACACAGUUUGUAUAAGAUACAUUAUGUUAAGGUAGUGUGAACUUAAUUAAAGAACUAAUGAUUAUGAUUGAUUGGUUGACACAUUCGAAGCCACAUCUAAGUCGUACGUUAAAAAAAA